AUGCCGGGUGGAGGGCCCAGUAACAACGUAUCAGGAUCUCUGCUGAUAGCACUGAUCGUGGUGUGUGCCCUGCUCAUGCAGUUCUCACUCCACAAGGUCGAGGAGGGGAAUGUUGCCGGUGGGGCCUUGUUGCAAACCACUGCCUCCCCUGGUUACCACUUCAUGAUGCCUUUCAUCACCAGUACCAAAGCUGUCCAGGUAACGACACAAACUGACGAAGUGAAGGACAUCCCCUGUGGUACCAGCGGCGGUGUCAUGAUCUACUUCGAUAGAAUAGAGGUUGUCAACCGACUCAAGAGUGAUUCAGGUACAGUUCUGAGCGUGGUACGUGACUUUUCUGCUGAUUACGACAAGCCGCUCAUAUUCGACAAGGUUCAUCACGAAGUCAAUCAGUUCUGCAGUACUCAAAACUUGCAUUCAGUCUACAUUGAUCUAUUCGAUCAGAUAGACGAGAAUCUGAAGAUAGCGCUACAGAAGGAUCUGAUACAAGUAGCUCCAGGGCUGGAAAUAGUAGGCGUCCGAGUAACUAAACCUAAGAUUCCUGAGGCAAUCAGACGAAACUACGAACUCAUGGAAGCAGAGAGAACUAAGUUACUGAUAGCAACUGAGAAACAGAAAGUAAUAGAGAAGGAGGCUGAAACUGAAAGAAAGAGAGCCAUCAUUGAAGCUCAGAAACAAGCGGAGGUAGCCAACAUAACGUACAGUCAGAGGAUCAUGGAGAAAGACAGCCAGAGGAAGAUGUCCGUUAUCGAAGAUUCCACAAAUCUUGCUCGAAGCAGAUCCCAAGCUGACGCCGAGUACUAUGCUGCUAAAAUGUCAGCUCUUUCAAACAAAUUGUUCAUGACACUAAACGUUGAAAUACCUAUGAAGGUUGUCUAA